CAUCUAAUAAUGUGAGCUCUACAAAAGUGUUAUAAAAUGUUAUUCAAUAUAAAUAGGAGAUAUGAACUCGUGUUUUAUUCUGGCUUAAAUUACAGGAUCAUGCCCGGUAUCCGCUCUUCUCGGCGUUGCCAACGCUACUCGUCCGGAAGUAACAGGCUCACUUACUGUCGGCUCUGUGUUGACGUAUAUUUGCAGUGGCGGAUUUUCCCCUGCUCCGAAUAGCAGCAUGAAGAUUACUUGUAACGAAAUGGGGGAAUGGACGGGGAACCCGGCUUGUUUUAUUAAUCCACCCUGUACUAACGUUGUCACCACGACUAAGGGCGUGUUGUGGCGCCUGUGUGAUGGAUAUGCGCCGGGUAUAGGUCACCCCAGCAAAGGUCGCAUCGAGGUCAACUUCGACGGCACGUGGGGAACGGUGUGUGAUGACGGUGACUUUUUAGAUGUCGAUGGCAAUAUAGAAAGCUCUCCCUGGUCAGUCGAAAGUCUAAAUGUAGCCUGCAGAACGUUUGGUUUCAGUAAAAGUACCGGAGUGAACAGGAGGGGAGCAUAUUUCGGCGAAGGAGUUGGCCCAAUACUGAUGGAUGAUGUCAUUUGCACUGGCUCUGAGACGUUGUUGACAGAUUGCUCUCAUUCCAGAGAUCACAUUGCUACAGGAGAAUGCUCCCACUCUGAAGACCAGGGCAUUGAAUGCAUUUAACUAUGGAUAUCAAUUGUACGUGCAUUUGUUAAGGGAUUGAUACAUAUUGAUAUCUGGUGUGUACACAAAGAGGUUUCUCUAUUAAGAAUGAACAUUAACUUCAUUUUGAUUUAUCAAUAUUUUAUUUUGUUUGUUUCGGGCGGGUGUCAAUUUUAUGUAUCUUAUAUGCUUUUUUUAAUUAGUAUUGUUUAAUUGCUAGUUAUUUCUUGAAUUGAAUUCAUUUAUGGAAAGUUAGUUUCACGGCUUUCGAUAUGCUUAGAUAACAAAGAUAACUAUUGAUGCUUAUUAUUUACCUAAUGAUGUGUUUCACACCUUGUAUAUUAUCGCUGUUUGGUAUCUCAGCAUGUGUACUGAGUGAUAACAUAAUUG